AGCACCUCUCCUUAGAUAUAUUGCAAGCUUUUCAUUAUUUUCUUCCCCAAAAUGACAUUCCCACCGCCCGGCUCCCAAACACUAUACCUUUAUCCUUGCAAAUGGGAUGCAAGCAAGGACGAAUUGCUCAUUGUUUCUUUAAUUAAAAAAAUUGAAGAAUGUCGCCCCACGCCACCACACCUCUCCCCACAUGCACUCAUUGACGCUAUGAAGAAACUAAACUCGCAAUUAAAUGCCGAUGUCUCGUUGAAUGAAGUGGAGGGACGGGUCGCCUUUCUACAUGAUCGGUACAUAUGCUUCAAAUGGUUGUGCAAAGUGAAAGAGACGUAUUACGAUCAACGAAGCAAUUUUGUUCACGCCGUUGACGACGUGUGGGUACGAUUGUUUAAGGAAAAUCCAUUGUCCCGAGCUUAUUAUCAUGAGGGUGAGCCGGCAUUCCUACUUUUGUGCAACCUGUUCGGGAUUCACGAUGUGAAAAACGAGAAUUCUCAUACGCUCAUUGUGAUCGACGACUCGACUACUGUGACCAAGCAAGCGAGUUCAAGCGACGAUGAGGUUACUUCGCCGGUACCAAAACCUGUCGCUAGAAAACUAUUUGUCGAGGAUGCUUGUUCGAGUGUGGCGCCGUCCGUUCCAAAUCCAUUCAAAAGCAAGAUUGUUCAUCCUUGGAAGGCAAUUAAAAGCAAAUUUAAACGACCAACCAACCCACCCGUGAAGAAGAACGAGGGUGGAAGUUCAUGUGCAUCGUCUUCUCCUUACAAGUAGCCGAAGUCAUCGCCAUUUCAUUGGGAUUGAACGCGGUUGUUUAUGAUUCUCGUUUUG